CACUCGUUGGCGCGGCAGCACAUCAGCAGCGUGCGCAGCCACGAUGAAGAGUGGUGAAUUUUUAUCCCCGCGGCGGGGAGUGGAUUACAAGUAAAAAAGCCGAAUGAUUCGUGCCAUGGCGUUAAGGAGGACACUUUCUUUGAAUCCCCCCCCCAAAGUGCGAGAGGCUGGGCAGAAUAUGAGCCAAGAGUGACCAGAGAAGUGAUGGAGGGCGCCGGUCAAGUGGAGCCCAGCCUGCCGGUCAACGCCUCCAACAUCAGCCGGCCCGAGGAUGCGUCCGAGGCGGGCUGGGGCGCGCACAGCCUCGCCUACCAGAUCGGCCUGGCCUCGGUCCUUUCCGCCAUCACGUUGGCCACCAGCCUGUCCAACGCUUUCGUCAUCGCCACCAUCUCCCAGUCCAAGAAGCUCCAGACGCCCGCGAACUUCCUCAUCGCCUCGCUGGCCGUCACCGACCUGCUGGUGUCCAUCCUGGUCAUGCCCGUGUGCGUCCUCUACACGGUCAUCCACGAGUGGACGCUCGGCCAGGUGGUGUGCGACGUGUGGCUGUCGUCGGACAUAACCUGCUGCACGGCGUCCAUCCUCCACCUGUGCGUCAUCGCCCUGGACCGCUACUGGGCCAUCACGGACGCAGUGGAGUACUCGAAAAAGCGCACGCCGGGGCGCGCGGCCGGCAUGGUGGCCACCGCCUGGGUGAUCGCCAUCUCCAUCUCUCUGCCGCCGCUCUUCUGGAGGCAGGUCAAGGCGGACGAGCUGACCAGCUGCAGCGUCAACACGGACCACAUCUUCUACACCAUCUACUCCACCUUCGGCGCCUUUUACAUCCCCACCCUGCUGCUCAUCGUCCUCUACGGGCGCAUCUACGUGGAGGCGCGCAAACGCAUCCUCAAGCAGUCUCCCAAGAAGAAGAAGAAGGCGGCGGGCAAGAGGCUGACCACCGCGUACUUGCAGGCCACGGGCUCCCCCGGUUCCAAUGCCUCCACCAGCCCCUUGCAGGGCGGGAGGCACGAGGCGCCGUCCUGCAGCGACACCAACUCCUCCACUAGCGACAACCAGGUGAAGGUGACUCUGUCGGACGCUGCUUUGGAGAAGAAGCGCAUCUCGGCGGCGAGGGAGAGGAAGGCCACCAAGACGCUGGGCAUCAUUCUGGGCGCCUACAUCGUGUGCUGGCUGCCCUUCUUCAUCUACACGCUGGUGGUGGCCGCAUGCGACGCCUGCGUCAUCCCGCAGCUCUUUGACUUCUUUACCUGGCUGGGCUACCUGAACUCGCUCAUCAACCCCAUCAUAUACACCAUGUCCAACGAGGACUUCAAGAAAGCGUUCCACAAACUGGUGCUCUUCAGAUGCUGCAGAGGGUGA